AUGCCCCUUGUGAGGGCAGCACGGCCUCUAGGCAGGGUGCGGCCCUCCUGGAUUUGCCUGCAGUGCCGCGCAAUUCAGAUCAGCGCAUCCCCAUCGACCGAGUCUCCUCGCUUGGGAGGUGAUGCAUUCGGCGCAGCGGUCGAGGCAAGAGACCCAGCAGAUGCUCGGUUCGAAGUACUCGGCUCUCCCUACUCCCUCCUCUCCGUCACCCUUUCAGCCUCCCAGAAGCUCUACACGAGAAGAGGUACUCUCGUGACUGUAGCAGGCAAGGCGCAGAACACACAAUCCACCCUCCGACUUCUCUCCCCCUUCCGCCAUGCCCUCCUCGCCAUGCCAUUCCUCUACCAGCGGAUAUCGUCGACCUCUCCAGUGACAGCUCUUAUCGCCACCAAGUCGCCGAACACCACAUUCUCCAUUCUCCACCUGGACGGCACCACCGACUGGCAGAUUGCCCAGCGAAAUGCCCUCCUCGCCUGGACAGGGCACACCUUGAGCAUCACACCUCGAAUCCAACGCGGGCUGGCACCAGCACACUGGGGAAAUCACCAUGUCACAGGCAGAGGCCUAGUCGCACUGGCUGCACCGGGCCAGAUAUACCAGGUAACGCUGGGCGAAGGCGAGGAGCUGGUGGUGCAUCCCAGUCAUGUAGUUGCAUACAGCGUGGAUAGGAAUUUGCCGCUGCCCUUCCGAUUUAAGAGCUCAUCCUGGACCCUGCAGCUUCCAUCUCUGCCGGAGAGCCUGGUGCCGAAAGGCUGGGCCAAGUUCUGGAAGGAUACCAAAGAGACGGGUUUCUACAAGUUUCUGGCCAGGGUUCUGUUCAGCCUCAGGACAACAGCUAGGAGGUCUAUCUUUGGAGACCGACUAUUUCUACAGUUCAAGGGCCCUACGACUAUACUGAUGUCUAGCCGAGGCGUCAGAGUCAGUGACGUUCUGACGAGGGAGCAAGUUAAUGAGAUUGCAGACGCCGAGGCUGGCGUGGUGCCCAAAGCAGUGGAGGCAGCUGCUAAGCCGCAGAAGCAAGUGACUGGCUCCGAAGCGCCGACUGGACCUACGAGCGAGAAACCGUUGGCUGUACAUGUGGCCACGGUGGGCAAAGACGGAAAGGUUCGCUUCGAGGACAGCAAGGAUCUGAACGACUUUGUCAGAUCGUGA